UCAGCUGUGUGAUUCUCAUCGGAAUGGGCGCAACAUGGCGGAAACUAGGGGGCUAGCAAGUAUUCAGUGUCCCGAGUCUUGCGCUAACCGCUUUCUUGCUUUGCGAAUAAUAUAGGCAAGGAAAAACGUAGCCAUAGUUUCUGAUAUGCCUGGUCAUAUCAAUCCCGUGGACCACGACGCUCAUAUUACAUUUCAAGCGUAGAUGAGACGCAGCGAGAAAGCCCCUUGACAUGAGUAAUCCUGCAACAGCGAUCCAGAGGUCCUCCUCCUCGAUACCACUGCCUGCGGAUCAUGUGUUGAACUCGGGAGCAGUGAUCUUUCCCGGUGCAUUCGACCAGCAAGGAUGCCCCCUGGUUGUGUUCCCGACAGAGGCUCAAAACAAGCUCUCAGAUCUCACCAAGGAAGACAUUAAUGGCUUCAUAAGCUACUUUCUACGUUUGCAUAACGAAAGCCAAGAGAAGGAGAGCUUGGUCUCUGUUGUUGUUGACUUAAGGCAAGCUACACUCCCCACCACAAGAUGUAUUGCUGAAAGUUUACAGCUGCUAGAGCUUCACAAGAGGACAAUUCACACCUUGUAUGUUGUCCAACCAAAAAAGAAAGACGUCCUCAAGCUGUUGCUGAAAGUCCUUGUACCAGGCAAUUCAAAGCGAUACAUUUCUGCGCCUUUCAAGCGGAUUUUCCUCAAAGAAGUCUUUGAACUUUAUAACUACAUUGACCGAAGCCAGUUAACUCCAUCUUUAGGAGGAUACCUUAUCUACAGUCACGGGAGCUGGGUGACCUUUAUUAAGGAGAUUGAUGUCUUCGUCAAGGAGUUCUUGUUGGUGGUUCAGAAAUUACCUUCGUGCAUAGCAACCUUACAGACCAUCUCUCAGCAGCCGGUACCAUCAGGAUUGGAUGAACUAAAAGAGUUUUGUUCAGUUAAUGAAGCCAGAUUUCAGCAGCUGCGGCGUGACCUUGGCUUAGAUGAGCUACUGAGGCAUUGCGAAUGUGUGGUGGAGAAACUGCGUUACCCUGAGAAUGACCCAUGCUAUCAGGCGAUGGCUGGAACUGCCAUCUUUACACACACAGCAUAUGACAUGCUACUCAAUUACAGCAGAAUAACCGCUGCUGUGGAGAAGGUGGAGUUGCUGUGGCAACAGGCUUUUUCCAAGGCCCACCUCCAGCUGAGAGUGCUCCAGCUACAGAGAGAAGCGCAACAGAUAACGGAACAGAUGGGGGUCUUGCGAAAAGAGAAACUUCAGCCAUACCGAAUUGAAAUUGCCAAAGAUGCCAGCUGGGCAGACUCACUGAAGCUGGAUUUUGAAACGUGUAUAUACACUCCUGCCAUGGCUUUAGUCCGUCGUGCUGAAGACGUAAUCCACACGCUGCAUGAGAUGCUGGCCCAUGGUGAGGUGCUGGUGAGGGAGCCGUGGGUGGACGAACUGGAGAUCCUGAAGGAGCGAUUUUACUCCACAGUGCAACUCCCCUACCAAACACUCCGACUGGUCUCUGACUUCUACCACUACUAUGAUAAGGCCAAGUCCUGGUACGAUCUUGUUCUCCGUGAGAACUUCCUCCAGGACUUUCUGUGGGGUGGGACCUGUGAGGGCUUCUCUUCGCUACGCCGUACUCGUACUCAUGAGCCUGUUGGUGGGGUGCCGGUGUGGAGACGAGUGGUCUAUGAGUUUCUCAGGAAGAACCCCUCCCCAGAAAUGGCAGCGUUGGUUCAGCUAGCACAUCUGGCUAAUGUUGUUCCUGAAACAACAUUACAGCAAUCAGGGAAGCAGCUGUCACAUCGAUGUAUGACCUUGAGGAAACUGCUGUCGUCCCCUGGAGCAGUGCCACUGAAUGACCUUCAGUUAGCCUUGCAGUGGCAGUAUGAGUUUCUCAGAGAGAGCCAGAACCAGAACACUCCAGUCACAUACCAGACUGACAACAAAGGGUCUGAUAAGAUUUUGAGACUUGACAGCCCAGGUGGAGCAUGCAGUUUGUCCCCUGAACCAGCCUUCGUAUCCGGCUUGCCGUCCGAGCCGACACCAACCAAUGCUGGAACGUUAGACCAGCUAAAUAAGUGGGAGUCUGGGAAAGUAGUGGUGCACCACCAGUCUUCACUGCUCCCACCAAACACAGGUGCUGUCUGUGCCUCUGUGUCUGGCAAGCCCCCUUCUCUGAGUUCCUUUGACUCGGGCUUUGACGGAGCUGGAAGCAGCCACUUGGAGACGGGGCAGGGGAGAGAGGUACUGGAUGGUUUGCUGAGAUUGCCCGGUGCCCCAGAUUUGAGACUGAAGCCCCCACAACCCCAGAUCCACGAGGAGAACAUCUCCAGUGUUUCUGAUUCUGAGGAUCCCCACAAUGAGUUUGUUGUGGCAGGCAGCCCAACAGCUGCAAGCAUUCAGAUCAUUCCCAAGAUCACUCUGGACUCGCUGAAUUUUGAGAUUAAAGUGAAGCGAUCUGCCACUCCGCCUAAAAACCCAUGGCUUAGUCUGCCAGUGGAGGAUCUGGAGAACUCCUACACAGUCACAAUCACACCCAACCGGCACUCGCGUCUCGGCGACCCGAGAAGCCCCAACGGUUCUGAACGGUCUCUUCACAGCGACACUUCCAGCAGGUCACGAGACCAGCCUACACAAACAGAGGUUCUGACCAGCGGACGGCGGCCCACUGAUGCUGAGUCCAGAGAGCACUCUGUGCAGGACAGUUUUGACUCGUCGGAGUUGAGCCCAGUCAGAGGCGUCCUCUCAAGCACCAUCACGGAACCCAGCGAUCAGCCAAGCUUUACAACUGAGGGCAUCCCCACGCUGAUGUGGGACUCCUACGACUUUCAUAACCUCAGACAGGAGCACUGUGAUGGCUCUUCAAACUCCCUGUCUGAAGACUCCCUGAAUGACUGGGAUUUAAGGGAGCAGGAAGGAUUACAAGAAGUAGAAGAGAUCCUCGACCGUGCUGCAGGAAUAUUAGAGGAGGAAGAGAAUGUUUUGGCACAGGAGGAAGUGUUGGAUGUUCUAGUGAAGACUGAGGGUUCACACAAACAGUGGGCAUUGUGGAACAGUGAAGAGCAGUUCAGUGCGAUGUCAUCUUGUGAAUUGGCAGAAUCUGGGGUCAUUGGUUUGGAUAAUGACCUCGCUGCUUUGCCCUUUGAACAAGAUCGGUCACCGCAUGGAUCAGAAAGUAAAAUGAGGGCGCUCCCCUUGCAGUUAGAUGACUGCCAGAGGCUGAUUGAUUCUGACCUGGAAGGUGCCGAGAGUAGUCAGACCGUUCUCCACCAAGAACUUCAGGGUCUUCAGGACCUUGAGGAGCGCAUUUUGGAGGAGCACAUAAAGAUCCAUGAGCUAAGGAGGCAUGAAAAGGAAGUCUUAGUGCUCCAAGCGGAAAACCCAGAAGAUGGUGUUCAGGCACAUAGAUCCAGCACGGACAGAGAAAGGUUCCUGAAAGAGCUGGAGAAGGAGAGAAGGGAAGUUGAGAGAAUGGAGCAAAGUCUUCACAGGGAAAUGGAAAAGGACAAACACAAGGUGAAGAAACGUCUCAGCAGGACCUGGCGAGUGGUGACGUGCUCAGUCAUGGAGAGAGCCUCUAAACAGGACAACUUGGAUGAUGUGCUUUGUGAAAAAACGAAAUCGAACUCCAAUGGCCCUAAUCUGGAGAAACUGACAGGACCUGUUGUGGUGGUGGAUGGUUUGAAUUCCAAGGAGUCGCUGAUCUCUGCCCAGAGCCAUCCACAGAACAGUUUUCCAAAUGACACUCUGGAGACAUGCAAGAAUAGAGCGGAUACAGUGGAAGUGGACAAGACUAAGCUCUCUGAAGGAAAUAAUGUUGACUCUUCCAACUGUUUUGAGCAUGCUGAUGGAAGUGCACCUGAAUCUCUUGCAGAUGUACCUGGAGGAGAGCCACAUCUGGAAGGGGACAGUAGUGGAGAGUCUGUGAAAGAACAUGAUUCUAAACUUAGUGAUUUCACUGUAGUAGAAUAUUCUGAAUUUAGGGAUUCCACAGUAGAAGGAAAAGAUUCUGGACUUAGUGAUUUCACAGUAGUAGGAGAAGAUUCUGAAUUUAGGGAUUCCACAGCAGUAGGAAAAUAUUCUGAACUUGGGGAUUCAAGAGAAAAUGUUGUAGAUGAGGUAGAGGGAGGCGAGUCAGAGGUUUCUUUGGUUCCCGAUUCACCACCUGAUCUUGGUGCGUUUGAGCCUUGUGUUCCAACUGAAAGGGCUCCUGUGCCAAAACCAAGAAAAACCUUGUGUGUUAAUAGUUCAGAUCUCAGUAAAUCUGAAGAGCAAAUCAAUGCGAACACCUAUGAGGAAGACCCAAGCUCUCUUCCCUCAGAGCCAACAUUAACCACAACCCCUCCACAACCAAAAGCACGAACCUGCCAGCUGUCUACCAACCAUCUGAUUCCUCCAGAUGUAAUGAAACACAGCAGUAACAACAAUAACAACAACCCCACCAGUGAGGAUCAAAUAACCAAAUCAUGUAGCAACACUGAAUCAUCCUACAGAGAAGUGCAGGUUAAUCCUUUAAAUGCGCUUGUGUUGGAUCUGGAAGGCCAUUCCACUGAACAUAUAGAGGAUGUGGGCAAUGUCCCUGAGCCUAAUUCUGAACAUAUAGAGGAUGUGGGCAAUGUCCCUGAGCCUAGUUCUGAACAUAUCGAGGAUGUGGGCAAUGUCCCUGAGCCUAGUUCUGAACAUAUCGAGGAUGUGGGCAAUGUCCCUGAGCCUAGUUCUGAACAUAUCGAGGAUGUGGGCAAUGUCCCUGAGCCUAGUUCUGAACAUAUAGAGGAUGUGGGCAAUGUCCCUGAGCCUAGUUCUGAACAUAUCGAGGAUGUGGGCAAUGUCCCUGAGCCUAGUUCUGAACAUAUCGAGGAUGUGGGCAAUGUCCCUGAGCCUAGUUCUGAACAUAUAGAGGAUGUGGGCAAUGUCCCUGAGCCUAGUUCUGAACAUAUCGAGGAUGUGGGCAAUGUCCCUGAGCCUAGUUCUGAACAUAUAGAGGAUGCAAAACCCUCAUGUGAUCUGGUAGAUGUCCCAAAUGAUAGAGGUUCUAAUGGCUUCCAGAGCUACAGUCUUUCUGUAUGUCCCAUCAACUCAUCUCCUGUCGGUCAACUGAUCGACAUACACGCAAUAGAGAUGUCUCUUUUUAAAACUCCAAUAGUCCUGGACACUGGAUCUGGUUUGAUGAAAGCUGGCUUUGCGGACCAGAGUCUGCCUACCACCAUAUUUCCAACAGUCAUUGGAGUCCCCAAGUAUGAGGAGGUCAUGAAUGGUCAUUUUGAGAGGGAAACCUACAUCGGCCAUGACGCCCAACACAUGAGGGGAGUCUUGGCACUAAGGUAUCCCAUGAAGAAUGGCAUUAUCCGCAACUGGGAUGAUAUGGAAAUGAUCUGGAGCCACACAUUCCAGCAGCUGGGUGUGGAGCCUGAGGACCAUCCAGUGAUGCUGACUGAAGCGCCACUGAACCCUAAAGAGAACAGACAGCGGAUGGUGGAGCUCAUGUUCGAGGCCUUCGGUGUUCCACUCUCCUAUGUGGCCAUGCAGGCAGUGCUGGCGCUGUAUGCAGCUGGACGCACCACAGGGGUGGUGUUGGACUCUGGGGACGGGGUGAGCCACAGUGUGCCGGUGUUUGAGGGCUACUGCCUUCCUCAUGCUGUUCAGCGCUUCACUCUGGCUGGCAUGGACGUCACACUGCACCUUAAGAAGUUGUUGCAGGAGCAGGGUGUAUCCAUGUGCACAUCUGCAGAGCAGGAGAUUGUGCGGGACAUGAAGGAGAGGCACUGUUGCGUCUCUCUAAACUACUCGGCAGAACUGGCACAUGGAGGCGCCUCUAGCUCUCCGGCAUAUUAUACUCUGCCAGACGGCCAGGUUGUGUGCCUGACCACAGAGAGAUUCAGAGCUCCGGAGAUCCUUUUCAAGCCUGAAUUAAUUGGGCGUGACCAGUAUGGGAUGCAUGAAAGUAUCUUUAAGUCCAUAAUCCAUUCUGAUAUUGACCUACGAAGGAGCUUUGUGGGAAACAUUGUUCUGUCGGGUGGCAAUACCCUGCUGGCAGGCCUACCUGAACGACUUCAGGACGAGCUCAAGAACAUGGUGCCGCCUGACCUGGCUGAGUGUGUGCGGGUGACGAGCCCGAAGGACCGGGACUUCUCAGUGUGGAGCGGAGGGGCAGUGCUCGCUAACCUGCCUGCUUUCAGCUCGGCCUGGAUCAGCCAGGAUGAGUACGAGGAGUUUGGCCCCCAGAUCGUCUUCAGGAAAUGCUUCUGAACUGACCUCCUGUCCCGCACUCCCUUCAGGCUGGGGCCUCCAAGUGCUCAAGCUGUCCUCCGGAACCAGUGCAAUAUUAAAAAAGAAAUGUGCCGUGCAGGUGCCAAGUUCGUCCUCUGAUCAGUUGCUGGUAUGUAUGAAAUGAAUGUAUGUGUGUGUGCGCGUUCGUGUACAUGUAAGUGUGAUAUUGUAAAAAAGAUAUCACACAAAGCAUAAACAGUCGCAACCCUGUGGAUUGUUGGACUAUGACUUCCUUGAAUUCCUUCAUUAGAUUUUUCUUACUUUGGGAGGUUCUACAGAAUGGACUAUCAUGAAAUCAGCCAAUGAUCUAAAGGAACUACAGGGUAAAGUCAACUAUGUUUUUAACAGUUUUAUUGUUUUUUUUUAAUUUAUAACAAGCCAUUUUAUUUUAUACCUGCACUUGAAUAGCAUGUUCACAAUGAACAUUAAAUACACAAGUACAGACACAUCUUAAAAACAAGUCUCAAAAUAUGUGUGUGGUUGUGUCAAUCCAGUUUGUUUUAAUCCAUGUUUUAAUUAAUAAUUCUUUAAAGUUUUACAUAUAUAUAUAUGGAAGGAUUAAAAUAUAUA